AUGAAGCUUAAGAUUCUGAAGAAACAACAUAUGAUGAUCAGCAACACAGUACAGAUGCUAAAUACAAUAUUCAGUGUGCAAUUACUUGCUUCGACAAUCAUAACUUUUGGUCAAAUAAGUCUAGAUUUGUAUAUCCAUUUAUUCCAAUGGCAUGAUGGAGUGUUCAUCAAUUUAAAUGGACAAUUUAGUGAAUUUAUCCUAUCAGAUAUAAUUUAUUACAUAAUAAAAUUGGCGUUAAUUGUAUGGGCCUGUGAGACUUGCAAGAAUCAGGCUCAAGAGAUCCGCACUACAAUUCACGACGUACUUAACAGCGCCAAAGAUGAGCAAAUCAAAAAUGAGAUGGUGACAAUUUCGUUAUUAAAAUUCCAGAAACAAGCCAACAGCAAUAUGCGAAAAAGAUGGCGACCCUUCUACGCUACAGACUUUCAAUCCUUGAUGUAUCCUUGCUUCACUUUCUGCCGCAUUCUUGGAAUAUUUCCAUACAAAAUUAACAAUUCGACUUUCGAAGCUUCAGAAUCAUGUUACAUUCUAUCGACCAUUGUUCUCUUCGUUUUCUGCAUUUACGAAAUAAUUAUUAUAUAUAAAUUGGAUAUUUCUAGAAUAAUCAUAAACAGAAGCGUACUUAGCUCUUUUAAGUGUCACAAUUAUUAUGUGCUCGGUAGUUUCACAAUGAUUGUCACGUAUGUCUUGAGACGUCCACGGUUGCUUUUGCUACAGACCGUAUUGGAGAUCUCUUCGGAAUUACCCUCGGAAUUAUAUGAAAAGUUAUCCAGACUAAUUCAUAUUAAGGAUAUCUUCGGUUUCUUUCUUCUUGUCAUCGUAUCAGUAGCAUAUUGCAUUUAUAUGCCGCUCAAUACAAUCUUCCUAACAAUGUUUGUAAUAUACCUUACUUUGUUGAUGUUUCAAAUGGACAUGAUGUAUAUGAAUUGCGUUUGUAUAUUGAAGAUCUGUUUUAAGAAAAUUAACGAUAAUUUGAUGAAGGUUCAGGAAUUAGUAAUGAGCGAUAAGCCAUAUCUACUCAGACGGAUAUAUCACGAACAAAAGAAUUCACUUCUAUUGAUGAAACUUAAAACCCUGAAGAAACAACAUUUGAUGAUUAGCGACACAGUGCAGAUGCUUAACAUGAUUUUCGGUCUGCAAAUCAUCAUUACUAUAGUCAUAUCUUUCACUGAAAUCACUUUUAAUCUGUACUUUUAUAUAGUUGUAUUUAUAGCCGAAGAAGAAGAAAACUUUUGGUACUGGUUUUUCAUCUUGAAUAUGAUAUAUUAUAUUACGAAGAUAAUAUUGAUAGUGUGGGUUUGCGAUAGUGGUAAAGAUCAAGCUGCAAAAAUUGGCAUCACCGUUCACGAUCUGCUUAACAAUACCAGUGAUAAACAAGUAAAAAACGAGUUGGAACAAUUUUCUGUGCAAAUAUUGCAACGAAAAAAUGCAUUCUCCGCAAAAGGUCUAACUAUAGAUGCAACGCUUUUCACUGCGAUGGCGGGUAGCAUCACCACGUAUUUGAUAAUUUUAAUACAAUUCUUAAUGACAUCGCAUUCUUGUGAUGGAAAUAUCAGUAUUGCAGAAAUAAUCUAA